GGCAUCUUUGGUUGGACAGGGGACCAGAAGAGAUUUUCGAAAGGAAAAGUUCCCCAGACCUACGGUUUCAGUCACGACGGAAAGAUAGCAAGGUACAUCCAAGACGAAACCAUGUUCAGGUUUUUCCUUUUGUCCACCAUCUCUGUUUUCCUCAGUGCCAGCACUGCUAGGCCACAUUUGACCUGGGAAGAAGUGGACCCUGGUCAAUAUCAAGAUGUUGUGCUAGAUCUAGAUGGGAAGCUGUCUGUGGACAUCAGGCAGAUCGAACCUCCGGAAGGGUUAGCGAUAACUGAUGAGGAUGUCCACCCUGGAAUGGCAAUCUGGAAGGCUGUGAGACACGUGACGGAGCAGGCCCAUCUCAAAGCCGAAGAGGACAGGGACGAUCUGGACCACCCCUUCUCUGCCGAACACCUGGCGCAGGCCCUCGGGCCCCGGCAGUCCCCCGAGCUGGGCAUCAGGAACGCCGCUGCUGCCGAGAGACGCCAGGAGGCAGACGAGCUUUACCACGCCUUUCCCAGAGCCAAAGACUCCGCACAGGCCCGUCAGGAUGCAGAGUUCCACCUCCCCCGGGACUUUGCGGGCCUGUACGCCUCGCAGAACCAGGAACCUGAAGACGAUGUGGAUCACAUACACCACCCCCCCCAGCCUGGCCCGCGACACAACCCAGCGGUCCAGACAGAACCGGUGAGCUACGAGGUGAAGCACCAACCAGAAGAAGACCGGGACCCCAUCUACCACGGCGUCUAAAAACCAGGGCUGGUUCACUCUUCCAUCUGCUUCAUUUCUGAAUAACUGAUGCUAAAUCACAGGCCUAACCAAAGCUACUCGGUUGACUUGUCUUUAAAUGCGCAGAAGAAGGAUUAGUUUGUAAGAGCUGUUUUCUAAUGGGGAGAACCUCGCUCUCGUCACAGGCGACUGUCUUCUGUCACACUGAAAGCUUGGCCGAGUAAGAUCCCAACUGAAAUCCUCUUUAAACAUGGAACACUUCUGCAUAAAUUGGCUAAAAUAAAAGCUAUUGUUAACCGUU